AUGGACACCGAGUACUACAACAUAUCCCUCAAGGCGAAGCUGACGAAGGAGAUGGAGCGUGCCGCGAACGAGAAGAUUGACUUCCUGGAGGAGCUCGAGAAGCGCCACGACACCAUCGCGUUUCUCACUACCGAGAUAACCCGUUUCACCGAGGCACUCCGGGUGUCAGAAGCACGUAGAGUUCCGGAGGCCCCGUCGUGUGCUACCGCGCAAGCUCCCAGCGAGGGUGGCUCGGCGGAUUCGGCCAACAUAGGAGCCGGUGCCGACGGAGGGGACGACAAACCCCCGCCACCCCCACAGACGGACGUGGAGGCUAGUUACGAGCUCAACGUGGUACAACCGUGGCGGGAGGCCAAGACCGUGAGGGACGCCUGGUGCCUCUGGAACUCCGCCACCGCUAAUGACACCCGUCGGCUUUGCGACAGGAUGGCCGAGCCGGGGUUCAUCGACCACCACACCCUCCUCGCCGGCGCGAUGCAGGGUGCACUCAACAAGAGGGUGUGCCGCAUGCUGAAGGUCAUGGAUGUGCCUGGUUUGGGAGUCAAGGGGUUGGGCCCCAAGGUGGUCUCGAAGCUACGCCUCGCCUGUGCGCUUAUGGCGCUCAACUUGAAGCAGAGUGAUUGGAUCGAAACCCUGUUUCCAGACACGUGGGAGGAGCAGAUGCCGAAGACCAAGGCCGACCUGGCAAAGCCGACGGCCCCGGCCAAGUCGACAGCACCGGCCAAGCCGACCGCUCCGGUGCACCGUCCUCCGACCAAGCGCAAGAAGUCGGCAUGA